AUGAUUGAUACCAGUGGUCAAACCCUAGCGGGACCGGAUGCCUACACUCGACGUACCCAAAGUGCCGGAAUAUACUGGUCGGCGAUUAAGAGUAAGAAUAAUCUAGACGUUAACCACCAGGAGGAUCGUCCAAUACUAACUAUCAUUUUGUUGGGGUUUACAAUGGCCAAGAGUCUUGACAAGGCGCAUAGCUGCUUCUGA